UAUUUACAUUUCGAUACUUAAAAAUACAUUUAAUCCCAUUCAAAAAAAAAUUUAUCGUUAUUAUGAAAAAUCAUUCCAAUUAACAACUCUAAUGAGCAAUAAUUUUUAAAUAGUCCAAUGAACAUGAGACACAGCAAUUGAGCAGUUUAAGGAGUUAAAAUAUUAGAUUUGUAACAACGUCAAAUACACUUACGUAUUGUUUUCCUACAGUCCUACUAUUCCAUUGUUUUCUGGUUCUCACGUUAUUUAUUCACAUUUCCUUUAUACUUCUUUUGAAGUUUUGGAUGAAUCUUGAAUUGUUUUGUGCGCGCACAGGACGGAUUAUUGAGUGCGCAGAGGAGAAAUGUGACUCUCUUCUCAUUAACUAUAAAGAACAUUUGUACAAUAAAUAUAACAGAUAUUUUCUGGCCUUUUUUCUCUGUGAAAUUUUUAACCUCGCUAUUGCAGCUGGACAGUUUUACAUUACGGAUAAAUUCUUGGGACGAAGUUAUUUAUCUUAUGGUUCAGAUGUGUAUAGGUACUACAGUAUUCCAGAAGAAGAAAGAGGAUUGUACGGAAAUCAUAAUCCAAUGUGCCAAACAUUUCCAAGGGUUGUCAGCUGUACAUAUUUCCGGUAUGGAGGAGGGGGAAGGCAAGAAGCAUUACAAGCACUUUGUAUCAUAGCUCUAAAUAUAAUCAUAGACAAGGUUUAUUUGGUUCUCUGGAUCUGGUUUGUGAUUCUUCUUAUCUUUGGAUCAUUUAGAAUAAUACAAAGAUGCCUUCAGACUCUCUCUAUAUUCAGAUAUCAUCUGCUAAGAUUAAGAAUGCACAGAUAUUUCAAGGAUUCAGAACAGUGUGCUAAUAUUCAGGCUUAUGUUGCAAACUGCAGCAUAGGAGAUUGGUUUGUCUUGUAUCAGAUGAGUAAAAACAUGAACAGACGCCUAUUUUACAUGUUUCUGAAUAAACUGGCUAAAUCGGGUAGAUCUCCAGUCAAAAAUAAGAAGGACAACAAUCUUGCCGAAAGUUUGAUAACAGUGCAAAAAGAAGAAAAAUCUGAUGCAGAAAAAACGCCUCAAGAGAAUGAAGAAAAAGAUAAGAAGGAGGAGAAGGAGGAGAAGAAAGCAGAUACUGUUGAGGAAACUGAUGAACGACGAAGAAAAAAAGAAUCCUUGGACAGAGAAGAAGAGCCAAGAUUCUUCAGAAAACUCUGGAAAGAGAGUAAAGAAGACGACAACAAAAAUAGCUGCAAAAAUAACAAUUUACUGAAAACUAAGAAGAAAAGUUAAGAACACUUCAGUAUACACCAUUGAUAGUAUUUAAACCGUAAAUAUCAUUGCAAAAAAACUAUUCGUUCGUUUAAGAACGAUAUUUAUCAUUGUCUGUUGACGUUGCAUUAAAAAAUAAUUAUUUGGUCUCGAAAAGCACUUUUUUCCGGGUCUCCCAGAGAGUAUAUGAUAAAAUUAUAUUGAAUAUAAAACAACUUGCAUACAAAAGUAUCAUUACUUCUACAGCCAGGAGAAAAUAUUUCUUGAAGAGGUAGAGUUUUUCUUUCUUAGUUUUUUAUACAGCAUGAUUUCAGUUUGUUUAGUUUUCUAUGUAUGUACCGUGAAACAUGUCACAUUUACAUAAAUUUGAAAUAUAUUCUAAAACAGUUUA